AUGGAGAAUCCAUUUUUCGCAGACGGCCGCUGGUACCAGCAACCCUAUCGCCGCUAUCCAUUCUCCCCUUCCCCGUCGUUUGCCGGCGUGCCUGCUCACCAAUUUGAUCCUUUGGAAACCCAAGACGCCGGCCGACGGGCCCAACGCCAGUCGGAGGAAGCGAAGGUCGUUCGGAUUCCGGUUCGCUUCGUCGCAUCGGAACAGGUGGACCGCUCAGUGUUCGCCGUGAAGAUACAGAAGGUUUUCAGGGGCUUUCUGAUUCGGAAAUGCCUCAAGAAGAUCAAGGACAUCAAGCGUGAGGUAGAUGAGAUCGAGUGGAGGCUGUCGUGGGUGGAAGUCGUGGAUUUGGUCCGGAGGGACGAGAAGGAGCGACUGAGGAUGACCGAGAGCCUGAUGUCUUUGCUGUUAAAGCUCGACUCAAUUUGCGGUGUCGAUUUUGGGGUCAGGGGUUGCAGGAAGGCUGUGAUUCGCAAGGCUAUAGCGUUGCAGGAGAGGAUUGAUGCUAUCGUUGCCAUUGAUCGAGAAGCUGAAAGCGAUGGGGUCAAUUCUGAGGAGAUCAUUGAUACUGUUCUUCUGAAGCCAAAAGAUACUUUGGAAAGUGCAAUUUCCGGAAGUCUGGUUAAGUUAUGUGAGGAAGUUUGGGGGAACAAUGACAGUAAGAUGGAUAUUGUGGGGGAUAGUAGUGUUAUUGAUGUUGGGGUGGACCGUGAGAAUGUGGUCAGCCAAUCGGAGCCUGUCGGGAUUGAUAGUGAGGACGAUGAUAUUGUUGAGAAAUCUGACUUUUUGGUUCAAAAUAGGAAUUGGAAAGAUGAGUACAGAGGGGAUGAUGGCAAUAAAAGUGAUCGGGAGUUGCUGGAGCGUAUGAUAGAGGACAACGAGAAGAUGAUGAGUAUGAUGAAACAGUUGUUUGAGAGGAAUGAAAUGCAGAAGAGAUUGAUUUACACCCUGACUAACAGAGUAGAGACGUUGGAAAAAGCCAGGUUGAGGAAGAAGAAGAAGAAGCAGGCAUCUGCAAAUACUUGCCAAGAUGACUGA